UAUUGCAUUGAAUUGAAUUAUCUUUCAUUGAAAUGGGUGAGGCCGAAUAUAGAUGUUUCGUAGGUGGGCUAGCAUGGACCACCGAUGAUCACAACCUGGAGAAGGCAUUUUCUCAGUACGGUGAAGUCGUCGAAUCGAAGGUCCGUUUGUAUCGCCUCCUCCUCGUCGCGGAGAUCGGAUCCAUCCAGAUCUGAAUAUGUUACUCUCUGGUUUUAAUGUUACUCUGUCGUUCGUUACUCUUAUAUGUUACUUUUACUACUACUUGAUCUCAUGAAUAUUGCGAUCAUUAACGAUCGCGAGACCGGCAGAUCUAGAGGUUUCGGCUUCGUUACGUUCAAAGAUGAGCAAUCGUUGAGGGAUGCGAUCGAAGGAAUGAACGGUCAAUCUCUCGAUGGCCGUAACAUCACUGUCAACGAGGCUCAGUCUCGAGGAAGCGGUGGCGGUGGUGGUUUCCGAAGCGGCGGUGGUCGUCGUGAAGGAGGUGGUGGUUACAAUCGUGAAGGAGGAGGUUACAGCCGUGGAGGCGGCGGUUAUGGUGGAGGUGGUGGAGGUUACGGUGGAGGUGGUGGUUACGGUGGAGGCGGUCGUGGACGCGGUGGCGGUGGUGGUUAUGGAGGAAAUGGUGGCGGCGGUGGUGGUUAUGGUGGAAAUGGUGGCGGUGGUGGUGGUUAUGGUGGAAAUGGUGGCGGUGGUUAUGGUGGAAAUGGCGGUGGUGGGUAUGGUGGAAAUGGUGGCGGUGGUUCUCGUUACUCAAGGGGUGGCGGCGGCGGUGGUGGUGCUUCUGAUUCCGAUUGGAGGAACUAGUAGUAGUAAUACUAAUAAGAAUUUGACAGACAUAUAUAUAUAUGUUGAUCAUUAUCAUCAUCAUCAUCAUCGAAUGUUUGAUGUUAUUAUAAAUCUCGUUCUAUGAACGGAAUCUAUCCCCUCCUACUCUUGGUUAUGGCUUUUGAUA